AUGUCUGACACACACCCUUUUGAUCCUCUCAGCCCCAAGGAAAUAAUCCAGGCGACAAAAGCGGUGAAACAGUUAUUCCAAGGACAAUGUCCCAACUUUCGCGUUAUCACUCUGAAAGAACCGCCCAAGCAGGAGAUGAUAGCAUUCCUGGAGAGAGAACGUCUAGGGCAGUCACAUAUCUCUCGACCUGCCCGUAUCGCCUUUGUUCAAGUAAUUGUUCGUGCUGACCAUGGAGCAAAUGAACUGACUGAGCUCCUGGUGGAUAUCAACCGUGAUGCCAUUGUUCAUCGAGAGGUUCUUACAGGGAAGCAUUCAUUCAUUGACUCAGCCUAUAUGAAGGCCGUUGAAAAUGCUUGCAUCUCAGACGAGCGGGUGCAACUUGAAAUCAAAAAGUUGAAGCUCCCUGAAGGCGCCUCGGUUGUUGUUGAGCCGUGGGCUUACGCCACUGAUGGCAUGAAUGACAUGUCGGAGCGGACGAGCAUGUGCUGGUUUUACAUGCGACUUCUCGAUAAUCCUGACGCCAACUAUUACGCAUAUCCACUUGACUUAUGUGCAGAGGUCUCUGAGCAACUCACGGUCACCAAGGUCUAUCAUCUCCCUUCGUCUGAGAAUGAGCGUGUGCGUCAAGAGGCACGACCAUAUGACCCCUGCAAGGUCCAUUCUAGUGCUAUGAGUGAAUACCAUCCCAGCAUCCGACCAUCGCCUCGCACAACUACCAAGCCUUACCAGGUUGUUCAGCCAGAAGGUGCGACCUUCACGACGCAGGGAAACCUGGUAACUUGGGAGAAGUGGACGAUGCGUGUGGGGUUCAACUAUCGUGAAGGUCUCACAUUGCAUGACAUUCGGUAUGACGGUCGCAGUCUCUUCUAUCGGCUGUCUUUGUCGGAGAUGUUUGUGCCUUAUGGUGACCCUCGGGCUCCUUUCCCACGCAAAGCAGCAUUUGACCUUGGCAACGAUGGUGCUGGGAUCAAUGCAAACAACCUAUCACUUGGGUGUGAUUGCCUUGGGCUGAUCAAGUAUUUUGAUGCAUGGCACAACACAUCAUCGGGCGAACCGCUGAAUAUGCCUAAUGUCGUCUGCUGUCAUGAACAGGACGAUGGGAUCUUAUGGAAGCACACAAAUUUUCGAACAGGCAAUGCCGUAGUGGUCAGAUCGCGUAUCCUGGUUUUGCAGACCAUCAUCACGGUCAGCAAUUAUGAAUAUAUCUUUGCUUUCCACUUUGGCCAGGAUGCCUCGAUUCAUUAUGAGGUUCAAGCCACCGGAAUCUUGUCCACUGCACCCAUCAAUAUCGGCGACAACGUUGGCUACGGGACUGUCGUCGCUCCCGGCGUACUUGCACCGUAUCAUCAGCACUUAUUCUCCCUUCGAAUUGAUCCUGCGAUUGAUGGAGUUGCAAAUUCAUUGCAAGUUGAAGAGUCCCACCCUUUGCCCUUCGGUGACCCAUCUAUCCAUAAUCCUUUCGGAGUCGGCUACACAACAAAAUCAAGCAUCGUCGACGUGGAGGGAGGGCUGGAUCUUGAUUUCAACAAGAAUCGCACCUUUAAGAUCAUCAACGAGGCAAAAACCAAUCCUAUCACCGAUACGCCAGUUGGUUUCAAACUUGUCCCAUGCUAUAGCCAGAUGCUGCUAGCCCAUCCGGAAUCUUUUCAUGCGAGGCGAUCUGAGUACACAAAGCACGCGAUUUGGGUGACUCGUUACAAUGAUGAUGAGUUUUUCCCAGCCGGAAGACAUACAAUGCAGUCUCUUGGGGGCGAAGGAAUCAGCUCAACAAUUGCUCGACGGAGGAACGAUCCUGACUGCGAUACUUCAGUGCGAAAUGAAGAUAUUGUUAUUUGGCAUACAUUCGGAUCAACACACAAUCCGAGAAUCGAGGACUGGCCGGUGAUGCCGUCUGAAAAGAUGGUGGUUGGUCUCAAGCCCGUCAACUUCUUCGCAGGAAACCCUAGUUUAGAUGUUGCCGUAUCUACUCAAGUGGAUAACAAGAGUAGUCUGGUUGACACAGCUGAGCCUGUUGUCUGUUGUUCUGAAUAA